AGGGGUGAGCGUGCGCCCUCGGCAGACAGUCAAGCGCAAAAGACACACGGCUCAUCCGCUCGCCUCCCCAUUGACGUCAGUCCGGUAUCACAUGAACUACCAGGGACCAAUCGGCGCUGCGCUGCCGAAGAGUGCUGGCUCCUUCACAUCGAGAUAGGGGGAAAAGACUGAAUAAAAGGAAACCGAGCCAGUGAUCCUGUAAUGUCCACGAAACCUCUCGGAGGAGCCUAGAGCCGCCGCCAUUGGAUAUUUCUCCUGUUUUCUCCCGAUUCUCACGCGUCCCUUGCUGUGGAUUAUUCUGUUUGGCACCGGGGCGGACGGAAUGGAUAAGGCCAUGGCCCUAACAUAUUGAAUAGCUCGCUGGUGGUGGGGGGGAGGCGAGACGCGCACCGUGGAGACAAUUCAUGGGGCAUUGUGCGGGAGGAAAAUGGUGGAUUAUUUGCACUGUAUCAUAAAAACCCUUCCCCGCGUGGGUAUCGUAGCGUAAGACGCUGUUUGGUGGCUUUUCUGCGCCUGUCUUGGCCGUGUCUUCAUUACUGAGGUCGUGUUAUAGCGGUAGGUAGGUACCCCCCUCCCCUCACUCCCCCCUACAGCUCGAUCCGAACGACCUUAUCCAUUUCUUUGUUUUAUAUACAUGUAGGAUUUUUAUAUAGCGACUCCUGCCUGACAGUAACAUUUGGAAUCAAACUGCUGGAUCACUGAACUAUGGAUUUCAACGGCGGCGGCGGCGGAGGCAACGAACUGCACAACAACCAGUUUUAUCAGUGCGAGGAGAACAAGCCUCUGCUGGGGGAGAUGUCGGAGGGGAAUAAUAACACCAAGCUGGCAGCAGGGCCGGGCAAGAGGUCCCUGCACCACUGCAGCAGCAGUGGGAUGCGAUACAAACUGCUCCAUGAGGGGGACAUCCAGGUGUGCGUGGUCAAACACCCCCGCACCUUCCUUAGCAAGAUCCUCACCUCCAAGUUCCUGCGGAGAUGGGAGCCGCACCACCUCACGCUCACAGACAGCAGCCUGACCUCAGCCACACCCACUGGCUACAUGGAGACAUCAUUGUCCUACAGCUCCAUAGAGGACCUGCAGCUCCUGUCAUGGGACAACGCACCCAAGUACUGUGUCCAACUCAGCUUCCCCGGUGGCACCGUCCUGCUGCAGGCUGCAAACAGCUACUUAAGGGACCAGUGGUUUCACUCCCUGCAGUGGAAGAAAAAGAUCUACAAGUAUCGUAAGGUCCUAAACAACCCGAGCCGCUGGGACGUGGUGCUGAAGGAGAUCCGAGCGCUGGUGGACAUGGCUCUGACUUCACCGCUGCAAGAUGAGUCCAUCCACCAGGCUCCACUGCACAUCAUCUCCACCCUGUUGGCCGAGAACUCUAAUCUCAGCACUCAGGAUCAUGAGAACAUCAUUGUGGCCAUUGCUCCUCUCCUCGAAAACAACCACCCACCCCCUGACCUGUGUGAGUUCUUCUGUAAGCAUUGUCGGGAGCGACCUCGGUCGAUGGUUGUGAUUGAAGUGUUCACUCCUGUGGUCCAGAGAAUCCUUAAGCAUAACAUGGAUUUUGGAAAGUGUCCUCGACUGCGUCUCUUCACUCAGGAGUACAUCCUGGCUCUCAAUGAGCUGAAUGCCGGGAUGGAAGUUGUUAAGAAGUUUGUUCACAGCAUGCACGGGCCUACUGGGCAGUGCCCUCACCCACGUGUCCUGCCAAACCUGGUGGCUGUCUGUCUCGCUGCCAUUUAUUCCUGCUAUGAGGAGUUCAUCAACAGUCGGGACAACUCCCCCAGUCUGAAGGAGAUCAGAAACGGCUGCCAGCAGCAGAAUGACCGCAAGCCACCAAUGCCCCUCCGCCUGCUGCGCCCAGAGCCUCCCACGCCGCCUCCCACCACCCUUCUCCCCCUCUCUGCCAACCCCAGUCCUCCUCAGCCACCUCCCCCAUCCCAAUUAAACUCCACUCCAACCAUCCCCAUCUCCUCCCCUACGCCCUCCUUGCCCCUCUCCCCUCCACCCUCUGUCGUCAACUCCAGCGAGAUCCUGGUGGAGUUGGAGCGAAACAACAACUCAGCCAACGCCAAGCGGAAGGGCGGGCCGUCAGGAGGCGACAGCGAACCCAACCUCAUUGACUGUCUGCUGGUCAGUCCGGCCGUCAACACCCUGUCCAUCCAGCUGCCUGCACAGGCAGACCGCGUGCUAGGCUGCUUUGCCCUUAUCCUCAAGAUGCUGUCGGACUACGAUGACUGGAGACCUGCUCUGGCCAGCCUGCUGCAGCCCAUCCCCUUUCCCAAAGAGGCUCUUGCACAUGCCAAAUUCACCAAGGAACUGAAAUAUGUUAUUCAGAGGUUUGCAGAGGACCCAAGGCAGGAGGUCCACUCCUGCCUGCUGAGUGUGCGCUCAGGUAAAGACGGAUGGUUCCAGCUCUACAGUCCAGGAGGGGUGGCCUGUGAUGAUGAUGGGGAGCUGUUUGCCAGUAUGGUUCAUAUCUUGAUGGGCUCCUGCUAUAAGACCAAGAAGUUCCUGCUCUCUCUCGCUGAAAACAAGCUGGGUCCCUGCAUGCUGCUGGCUCUGCGUGGGAACCAGACCAUGGUGGAGAUCCUGUGCCUAAUGCUGGAGUACAACAUCAGUGAGAACAAAGACACCCAGCUGCAGAUCAUCUCCACGCUGGAGAGUACCCAGGUGGGCCUGCGCAUGUAUGAGCAGCUCUGUGACCGCCAGAGAGAGCUCAAAGAACUGCAAAGGAAAGGAGGCCCUACCCGACUCACUCUGCCCUCAAAGUCCACGGAUGCCGAUCUGGCCCGCUUGUUGAGUUCAGGUUCUUUUGGGAACUUGGAGAACCUGAGCCUGGCCUUCACCAACGUCACCAGUGCCUGUGCCGAGCAGCUCAUCAAGCUGCCUUCACUCAAACAGCUCAACCUCUGGUCCACACAGUUUGGAGAUGCAGGGUUGAGGUUGUUAUCGGAGCAUCUGGCCUGUCUGCAGGUUUUGAACCUGUGUGAGACUCCCGUCACUGAUGCUGGUCUGCUGGCUCUCAGCUCCAUGAAGAGUCUUUGCAGUCUGAAUAUGAACAGCACCAAGCUCACAGCAGACACAUAUGAGGACCUCAAGGCCAAACUGCCCAACCUGAAAGAUGUUGAUGUUCGGUACACAGAGGCCUGGUGAUCAACCACCCUCCCACACCCUCAUACAUAUCUGGACCCACCAGUUAACUUGCUCACGCUGCAACCAAGAUCAGAUACAUGACAACGGCACCAACAUUAGACAUCAUCCCGUAAGAGGAUCACCAGAUGAAACCGGAAGAUCUCUCGGACUCUGAGCCUCCGUCAGCCUCAGAGGUCAUCACCAAUCCCCGCAGAGACAUCAUCACCAGGAAGAAAACAGCAACAGGAUCACCUUUUUUCUAAAUGAGCUAUUUUUAGAGAUCUCUCCACCCCUCCUGCUUCUGUCACCGAUGUCCAGGACCUACCUUAUACUGAUGUGAUCAGAGGACCUACUAUAUUGUGACAAAAGGGACCUGUUUAUCUCUUUUUCUCUGAUCCUCUGCCCUGUCUUUUAUAUAUGGUCUCUCAGUUUUCAUAUUCAGUCUAAAUUACCACCUAUGCUCCCCUAUAAAGCCUUCCCCUCUUUCUCUCUCCUACCCUCACACGAUGAAGGCCAGAAACAGCAGCUUACAUUCCAGUUUGUCUCUGAUCUGAUCCACUAUGUAGCUCUUGAAAAACAGACAGUCUAACUGUUAAUCACUUCACUCUUUUGAUCCUUUUGUUUAGUUUUCAGUCUCAGAUAUCAAAUCUUUCUUGGGGAAAAUGAGGUCCUACCUCAGAGAAGAAGAGUUGUGCCUAGUCCUCAUUCAUGACGUAAAAAAAAAGAAAAAAAAUGUUUUUAUCAACUUGAAUGAACAUAUUUUUCCAGGCAUCUGUGCUUUCAUAUAUUGUAUGUUUCUGUAUAAAACAUAAAUGAAGACAAACCCCUAGUGAUAGUCGUUUCACCAUUUCAGGAGCUCUGCAGGAAAGCUUAACGGCAACAUUUGUUCUUUCAUUUGUUUUCAGUGUACAUGAUCUCUUAAUACUAUUUAAUAGGACAGUUGUGUAGCAUUAGCUGGGUGGUCUGGGACCGCCUGAUAUAUUUAUAAGUUGUGUCUUUUAAACCUCCUUUUACUCUGUCUCCUCUGGAUUAAUCCUGACGGUAAUGAAGUACACAGGUCUUUCUUUUUAUAACAACACAAGAAGCCACCGAGCAGGCUGCCCGAACGUACAUGGAUCUCUGCAUCGUGCCAUGGUGGCAACAUUGACCUGCAAAGUGAAAUGCACCUAACAUGGACCUGAAAACAAGACCCAUCACCAGCUGAGAGUUGUAUAUUUUCAUACCUUCUGCUUUUUUUUGGCUCUGUUUGAGGCUGUUUUUGGAGAGAAGAAGGGACACUUGCCAAACAUCAUCAUUUUCAUUUUGUGCACUUGUUUAAAUGAGGCCAAUCUGAGUGCGGUUUUGGUACAGAUUGGUGGAACUACUUAGGACCUGUCUUUCGAGAAAGACACUGACUCUGUUAGGAUCCUGUCUUGGACCCGUUAAAGUCAGAGUGAAGAGUCGCAGUGCCUCUAGUGGAGCUGUGGAUGAGUUAUCUUUUUAUCUGUCGCAUCACCUGUUUUGGAUUGUUCUGCUGUAUUUAUAUUAAUGCCAUAAUACACAUGGGUGACAUUUUUAGGCUGUAUGGGUGAAUAAUCCUCAUCAAUUUAUUGUACAUAUUUUGUCACAAUGGGCUACAAAGGGACAAAAGAUUUGAAAAAAAGGCACAGAUAGGCCAUAUUUCCCCAUCUACAUUCCCUCAAAAUGUUGCCUGUUUGUUGUGGAAACAUUUCAUCCAAUGUGGUAACUGCCCUGACACACUGCAAGACUGUCAGAUCUUUUGAUCCUCCCUGUUUAGAUGUGGUUAGGGUUUGUUUGUCUUGUGCCAGUGGCCCUUUAGAAAACACAAGACUGGUCCUCCCUUGUCUCCAGUCGGCCUUGCUCUGACUGCGUCCAUCCAUUUUUAUUUAUUCGUGUCCAGAAAGCUCCGGAUGUUUGUUGAAUCAAGGCAGAAGCUGCAGCAGAAGACAGGAUGCCGUCCACUAUGAGACACUUUGUUUCCUAUUUAUUGGGUGCCAUGACAGUUUUCUGUCUGGGCUUUGGACUUGGUUCUUAUCUGGCCCCUCUUUAGGUCUGGCUUUAAGACCUUGUGCUCUCUUUCAUAUCCUGUAUGAUGUAUAUACAAGUGUACAUAGUUGUCUCCUCCCUCCUCUCUUUGAACCAUUUUUCAAUCCUUGCCCCCUUUUCUGUAUCUUCUCUCGGCCUCCCUUUGACGGCAGGCUGGUGUUGCCUUCAUCUUACAGUAAUGUGUGUGUGGUUGUUUUUGUUUCACACAAAGUGCACUGUAAUCUGAAAAAUUCAUAAUAUCAUUUUUGAUUCUUUAAUCUAAUCACUUUAAUCAGACAUUUGUUUCUUGUGUUCUUGUUUAUUUUAUGUUCUUUUUUGCAUGUACAUGUUGCUGCAUCAUAUUUUAUUUUGUAAUUUUGUUUUAUAAAAGGUUUGAUAUUUGAUAAGGGGUCUGAUCACUAUCUCAUUGAAGUUAAGGACUGAAUUGGAGAGAUCCCAUCUAACUUUUGUCUGAUUGGUUGUUACCAGGAUCCACCCUUGAGCCUUGAGAGAUCCUAUUGGUCGAAUCAGUCAGGGUUUGGUUGAUACUGUUUUUCUAAAAGGCCAGUAGCUGUGCUGGUUCUUUGGACUGAAGCAGGCCCGAGAUGAGAUCAAAGCAUUUGAGAUCGACCACUUUCAUUGAAAAAAGAAAAAUAACCACAAAUACUUCUCUUUUUUUUAGAAUAUUGUUCCAAUGCUGCCAGAUAAUCAUAUCAGAGGUGGACCACGCUGACUGGCCUUUGUCAUUUUUUAAGUAGUUUUAUAAAUUCUAAACUUACCCUCCUUUUUGAAGAGUUAAAUGAAAAGUUGAUGUCACAGUAAGGUAUAUCAUUUUGAACAAAGGUAAAGUUAGCUUAGCUCAGUAUAAGAUUUGAAACAAGGGUAACAGCUUUUCUGAUUGAGACAGAUUCUCUAACCACACAAGUCACUUAUUACAGCAUUAUGUCUUAUUUGUUUACCAAAACAAAUAUUUAAAAUAAAGGAAAGAUGUCUCAGUGAUGACAAGACUCAAAGAAGUCACUGCACCUUGCCAAGGAAUAAUUAGUCCAGCACAUAAACCCUCUGAAUCCAUAUUCAGUAGAUUUUUUACACUUGCGUUUAGAGCAACUGUUUGCUUAGAAUAUAAGUUAGAACCUACUUUAGAAUGUAGCCAUGUUAAUUUGCUCCUCUGUUUCUAGUCUUUAUGCCAAGCUUAGCUAACUAGCAGCUGGCUGUUGACUCACACUUGGUGUACAGACAUUACAGUUGUAUCAGUCUUUUCAGCAGACUCUGCUCAAAAUGAAAAAAUAAUAAUAAUAAUCCCAACUGAUAUUUAUAAACGCUCCUUAAAAAGUGGUCAGUCUUGGGGAAACCUGUCCCAGAACUCACCACACAGUUUUUAUGCCAUGUUGAGCUGCCACUCAGACAGCCUGGGGCCAGUGUGUAGAGGUUACAAUGGAAGGUUUUUGUAUUUCUGCAGAAAAUGUAACAUAAAGCACCUCCUCUGUUUUGUCAUGUCUCCUGUAUCCUGUGGAGCUCACUGUGCUUUGCUUUCCAUCUUGACUCCUCCCACUUGUCUUUCAACUUUCUGAUGUUUUUUAUCCCACACAGACUGUAAAGAGUUUCUACCAUGUCCAAGUUGUGUACAGCUGUGCUCCAGUCUUAAAAGUUGUUAUGGAAGGAACAGGGUCAGAUGCAGCACAGUCUGACAAACCUGACAGACUGAAAAAAACAACAACUCUAUUUCCCAUAUUUCCUUGUAGUAAAAUCUGUUUGGCAGCUGGAAAAGGGGCACCCAUCAUGUUUUUCUCUCUUUUUCAGUCUUUCUCCGCAUUGAUCUGCUUCUCCUGCUGGGUUAUUAUUAUUGCUGCUGCUGCUACUCUGUGGCUGUUGUAAUAAAAAUACAAAAGAUCUUCAACAGGAAAAUAACAACUAUGAUGUGAAAUGAUUUCAAUCAAAAAUAAAUUGUAUGUGAAUAUGUUUCA